AUGUAUAUAUCUAUAUCUAUCUAUCUAUCUAUCUAUCUAUCUAUCUAUCUAUCUAUCUAUCUAUCUAUAUAUAUAUGCAUAUACGUUAAGCACAUCUAUUGCCCUUUCUUUCUUUCUUUCUUUCUUUCUUUCUUUCUUUCUUUCUUUCUUUCUUUCUUUCUUUCUUUCUUUUUCUCACUGAAACCCAAUCUCUUUCUUUCUUUCUUUCUUUCUUUCUUUCUUUCUUUCUUUCUUUCUUUCUUUCUUUCUUUCUUUCUUUCCCGCCCCUCCCUCCUCUAUCCUAUGUUAUUCCCCCUCUUUGCUCUUCUAUUUACCUCUCCUUUUUAUCCUUUUCUUUUUGCUUUCUAUCUAUCCGCCUUUCUAUUUUACUUUGAAGAAUUUUCUUUCUUUCUUUCCUUUCUUUUCUUCGCUUUUGUUUUUUCGUUUGUUUGUUUGUUUGUUUGUUUGUUUCUUUCUUUCUUUCUCUAUUUCUUUCUUUCUUACUUUCUUUCUAUUUUUCCGUCUUUCUUUUUUCUGUCUAUUGUCUUCUAUCUUUUUUACAUCGUUUUUCUUUCUUUGAGAUCAUUAUUUUCGGUUCUUUACUUAUUUUAUACCCACAUUUUCUUUCUUUCUUUCUUUCUUUCUUUCUUUCUUUCUCUUUCAUACCGCUCUUCUUUCUUUUACUUUCUUCCUUUUUUUUUCAUUUUUUCUUAUUUUUUUCUCCUUUGUAAUGCCUUCCUUUUCUAUCUAUUGUCUUCUUUCUUUCUUUCUUUCUUUCUUUCUUUCUUUCUUUCUUUGCAUUGCCUUCAUUCUUUUUAUUGUCUUCUUUCUUUCUUUCUUUUCUAUCUAUAUUUUUAUUCCCUAAAAGCAAAACGAACAGACAUUCCAUUGUCCUCUGUUGACAAACAGGAAACUUUCGUAUCCAAAUCCUUCUCUUUUAUUCUCUCCACAUAA